ACUCUCCGCUCGCACGCCCUUGGGCCGUGGCCGGGCGCCCUCUCUCCCUUCCGCUUCCGACGCGCGCCGCGUACCAGCCGGUGUAUGUGCGGCAAUAACAUGUCGGCCCCGCUGCCCGCCGUCGUGCCCGCCGCCAGGAAGGCCACAGCUGCGGUGAUUUUUCUUCAUGGACUGGGAGAUACAGGACAUGGAUGGGCAGAAGCCUUUGCAGGUAUCCGAAGUUCACAUAUCAAAUAUAUCUGCCCGCAUGCACCAGUUAUGCCUGUAACAUUAAAUAUGAACAUGGCCAUGCCUUCUUGGUUUGAUAUAAUUGGGCUUUCGCCGGAGUCACAAGAGGAUGAACCUGGAAUUAAACAGGCGGCAGAAAAUUUGAAAGCAUUGAUAGAUCAAGAAGUGAAGAAUGGCAUUCCUUCUGACAGAAUUAUUGUAGGAGGAUUUUCUCAGGGAGGAGCUUUAUCUUUGUACACUGCUCUUACCACACAGCAGAAACUGGCAGGGGUCACCGCACUCAGUUGCUGGCUUCCUCUGCGUUCUUCUUUUACACAGGGUCCUAUCAGUGGUAUUAAUAGAGAUAUUUCUGUUCUCCAGUGCCAUGGAGAUUGUGACCCAUUAGUUCCCCUAAUGUUUGGCGCUCUUACUGUCGAAAAACUAAAAACAUUGGUAAAUCCAGCCAAUGUAACCUUCAAAACCUAUGAAGGCAUGAUGCAUAGUUCAUGUCACCAGGAAAUGAUGGAUAUCAAGCAAUUCAUUGAUAAACUUCUACCUCCAGUUGAUUGACUUCACUAAGAGGCCUUGUAUAGAAGUACACCAGCAUCAUUGUAGUAGAAUAUAAACCCUUUCCUGUGCCCAAUCUUGAAACUUCUAAUGUUUGCAGUGUUAAAGUUUUGCAAAUGCACACCAAUGACACAGACUAAAUAUCUCCUCAUGGGAAAUUUAUGAUCCUUUAAGUUUCUGUACUUGUAUUUGUAUAUGAUCCAGAAUAUACUAGUAUUAAAAUAGAUGAAUCAGCUAGUUUCUUUUCCCAAAUGUAAUUCAGCAAAAUAAUAAAAUACUGUAACCAAAUUUUUAUUAUAUCAUUUGAAAAUUAUUAGUAUGCUUAGUGAAAACUUGUCCAAGUAUAAAUGAGCAGUUAUGAUAUAAACAAUUUAUCCAUGCUGUGACUUAGGCUGUGGACUUACUCCAAAAUUACUUAGUCACCAUGUAGUAUCUGUAUUUUUAUAUAUGUAUUCAAAUAUUCGUAAUUAUUACAAUAUAUAAGGAUGAGGUGGUGUUAAAUUAUUCAAUGAGGUGGUAUUCCAUUAUUCCUAAUAAUAGGGAUAAUGAUUCUAAGUCAGUAAGGAGUAAUGUUUUCUUUUCAGAUAGUGGCCCUUUUAUUUUGGGGACCAGACUUUUCUUUCCCCACUUAGCAUUUCUAUUUUAAAUUUUUUCCUCUC